UUCCAACUUCAAUAAUAUUAGUAUAGUUUUUGCAUUUUCAUUUUUGCCCCUAAAAUUAAUAAAAUCACAAUGGGAAUAUUUUCUGGCGCCCUUCCGGCCUGAUACUCCUCUCAGUGACGACGACGAGUCCAAGCUCCUCUGAUAUGUACUUUCUUCGAUCACCCCGCUUUUUGACAACCAAUCUCCCUCGUUGCCGACAUUUCUCUUCUCUUUUUGGGUCUCCUCCAUCGCCGUCCGGUUCGUCAAAAGUUCCCUUCCUUUACAACCACGAUUCUCCCGAAGAAACGCAUCCGAACAAUGCUGGAACCACCGCUAUUCUCCAGCUGCUCUCGUGGGGCAGAGGUUCUUCCGGUCAGCUCGGUGGCGGCAUUGAAGAAAUUCGUUUGUAUCCUUCUCCCAUAGCCAAUUUGAUUGUUCCCCAUAUUCAUACUCUCGCCCUAACCCCAGGUCAGCUUCCGUCAUUCUCCGGCGAGAAUCAAGAUUGUGGGGAUGCUGAUUCGUUUGAGGUCGGUAUUUCUUGUGGGUUGUUUCAUUCUUCUUUGCUUGUUAAUGGGAAAAUCUGGAUUUGGGGUAAAGGCGACGGCGGCCGUCUUGGUUUUGGUCAUGAGAACCCUGUCUUUGUUCCCACUUUGAAUCCUCGCUUAGAGAGUGUUCGUUGCAUUGCUCUUGGGGGUCUGCAUUCCGUUGCGCUCAACUCUCUUGGGCAGGUUUUCACUUGGGGUUAUGGUGGUUUUGGUGCGCUUGGACAUUCUGUUUAUCACAGAGAACUGGUCCCUAGAUUGGUAGAAGGCUCAUGGAGAGGCAGGAUUAAGCACAUUGCAACUAGCGGGGCCCAUACUGCAGCAAUCACAGAAUCAGGUUGUUUAUAUCGAUGCUAUUUUAGACAGAAAAAUGAUAUAUGGGAUGGGACGGGACGUUAUGUUUAUCAACAGCUAAAAGGCGAAGUCUAUACCUGGGGCCGAGAUGAAGGAGAUGGUAGAUUGGGCCUUGGUCCAGGUCGAGGCCCAAAUGAAGGAGGAGGAUUGAGUAUUCCUUGCAGAGUGAAAGCAUUGCCUGCACCUGUUGCUGCUGUAUCCUGUGGUGGUUUCUUCACAAUGGCUCUAGGAGUGGAUGGGAAGCUUUGGAAUUGGGGAGCAAACACCAACUUCGAGCUUGGUAGAGGCAAUAAGAUUGGUGGUUGGGAACCAAAACCUGUUCCUAGUCUUGAAGAUACACCCAUCAUUCAGAUAGUUUGUGGUGGAUACCACUCACUUGCAUUAACCGAUGAUGGAAAAGUGCUUUCCUGGGGUUACGGAGGACAUGGCCAAUUGGGUCAUUCUUCAAUACAAAAUGAAAAAGUACCCAGAGUGAUUGAUGCUCUAGCUGACCAGCGAGUGAUCUAUAUUGCCUGUUGUGGUUCCUCUUCAGCCGCUAUAACAGCUGAGGGUAAAUUGUACAUGUGGGGAAAUGCUAAGGAUUCUCUAUUGGGUGUUCCUGGGCUGCCAGAGACACAAACAUCUCCCGUGGAGGUCAAAUUUCUAACGGAAGAUGAUGGGUUGGGUCCCUGCAAUGUCUUAUCAGUUGCCGUUGGUGCGUCUCAUGCAAUGUGCUUGGUCUUAAGGAGAGACAGGAUGUAAAAUUUUGAUGCGGUAGUGAUCCCAAGAAAUUUAUGCAACAUAGAAACAUAUGGCUGGUUUUGUUACAACUUACAAGGUGUAUUAGGGUUUUGUACUGCAAGAACUGCUGCCCCUCAGCAUCUUUCAACAUUGGGGGUCACUUUUAAUAAAAGAGUCACCUGUAUUACCUUUGGACCAGAAAAUCCAUUAUACACACAGAACAUUUAGAAAACAUCAUAGGUAGACCACUUUUAGUUUUAGUCUUCAUUAUCAGUUACUUUUUAUUGAAAGGUUUAUAUAGUAGUCUUUUGUUAAAUCAGACAAUUAAGUUUCAAUUUUCCUUCACUCACUCAGGAAUCCAACUCAAAUCUUUCUUUGGAUU